UCGCGCCCCGUCAGCGCUCCCAGCACUCUUUGUGACACGUGCUGCUUCAUGGUCGCCCCCCAGAGGAGCCCGAAGACUCAGCCUUCUAAGCCGUGCACCCAGAACUCUCCGCUCUGUUGUGCAGCCCCAGUGGCCGACUCGCCAGACCUUAGUGACUCGUGGAUAAAUUAAGUGCAUGAUUUAGUGGAGAGAGACAGAGCAUCAGCCGCGUCAGGAUACCAGCCGGCCAGACAACCACUGUCCACUCAUCCUCAGCUUCGGCUGCUGCGCCUACGCUUCUUGUCAGAGGACAGGACACUCGCCGCCAGACUGGCGUACCACGGCACCUUCGGGACCCAGGGCGGUCUAGGAGGCGGGAUGGCCUACCUCAAGAGCCCUCCGUACCCCAUGAACGGCCUCGGCCUCGGAAUGGGCCACCAUUCGCCCAUGGAUCACGGGGUCCACCCUUCUGUCCCCUACCCUGCAGGUAACUCAUGGACAUCCUUCUCCACAGUGACGCCCGCCCCUGCCAGGAAGCAGCGGCGGGAGAGGACCACCUUCACAAGGGCGCAACUCGACGUCCUAGAGUCGCUCUUCGCCAAGACUCGCUAUCCCGACAUCUUCAUGCGGGAAGAAGUCGCUAUCAAGAUCAAUCUCCCGGAAAGUCGUGUGCAGGUGUGGUUCAAGAACCGUCGCGCCAAGUGCCGGCAGCAGGCGCAGCAGAACAGCCAGAACGGCUCGAGCACCACGACCACCAGCACCAGCACCAGCAGCACCAACGGCACGGCCACCACCAUCACCACCACGCCCGCCGCCAACAACAACGACAGCACCAAGGCCGCCGCCCCGCGCCCCAAGAAGAUCAAGAGCCCCAGCACGCCCUCGCCGCCCCCGCCCGUCAUUAAGACCUCCCCGCGCCCCGCCUCGCCCGCUUACAAGCCUCCGUCAGUGUCCCCCGCCUCAGCACACACGCCGCCCAACACCACGCCCACGCCCACGCCCACACACACCUACGGUUCCUUCCAGUCGGCCCCGGCAACGACAGACCACACCAACAGCUACUCCUCGCUGUGGGCGCCCGCUGGCCUGCGGCCCAUGGGCGACCUGCACGUGUCCACAGCCAACUGCAUGCAGACGCCCUCAUACCACAUGGCGAGCAGCAAGAGCCCGGGAUCCUCAUGGAACCAGAACUACGGCCCCGCUUCCUACUACGGCAACAUGAGCAUGGAAUACCUGCCCCACCACAUGGGCGCCCACGCACAGUUCACGCCCGUCAGUAACCACAUGGGCGGCUUCCAGCAGAUGGGCGGCCACAUGAUGGGCUCCCACAGCAUGAUGAGCAGUCAGCACUACACGCGGCCCGCCGCCGUCACGCCCGUGCAGGGAGUCACGGCCCCCGGCUCGCAAGACUGCAUGGACUUCGGGGAGAAGUUCCAGGUCCUCUGAAAGCUGUCCGCGUCACCGCUGCUGCCGCCCGGCGUCGACGGGGCCGCCGCUGCAGGACGCCGACGGGUCGCCCUGCCAGCCUGCCAAGGGCGUCGCGCUGGGCCGUAUUCGGAGCCGCCCUCCGCCGGCCUGCGGAUCUCUGCCACGCUGGCGGCGGGGGCGGAGGAUACUUGGCCUCACAGGAGCGGGUGAACACGCCGAGCGCCGCCGGGGCUCAGCGCAGGCCGGCGGAGCGACGCCGGUGAAAGGGUCGCCACUCUCUCCUCGCUCACUCGCGGUGAGUUCUCAGGAGCCAGAUGGGUUUCUCCGGGUUGUCAUCCUCGACCCACUACCUCCUUCGACAGUGUCCGUCAACAUCUUUCCUCGCGUGAAGCGAAAGAAGACGCCGCCCGUCUCCGCGGAACAGGCGGUGAAGUGAAGUGAAGUGAAGGAGAGUAGAAAGAACUGGAGGGUCAGCUAGCGAGGGUAUUAAGGGGGGAGGGGAGGGGGAGGAUAACCUAGCGGCCACCUGCACGCCCAGGGAUUAACGGAGCAAAUGUGCACAGUCUGAUGCCGCCCAUGUCAGCCCUCUUGCCACAGCACUUCGCUCGCCACCGCUCAGCCUGCCUCCUCUCCCCGCCUGUCCACAUGAUGGUGUCCGAUACCUUCUGAGUGUGGCAAGCCGGGCAGGCAAGAGGGCCUUGAUCUCUCUAUGUUGUGUGAUUCGUCUUUCACGAAGCCUUUAUUAACUGUAGCCGUCGGGUCUAGAGUUAUCACAGGGUAAUUAAUUAAUAUUUAAUUGAUUCCUCCUGUACAUAUUGUAAAGCUGUCUAAAGCUGUCGGAAUAUGGCUGUCUACAGCUGAAAGAAACGUUUAAAAAUAUUCAGCGUGCUGGCAGUCUAUGGGAAUCGCAUAUAUAUAUUUUUUUCUCCUAAAUAUUUAUUCAUUAUUAGUUGUUUUUUCGGACCAGUGAAUGUGGCCUUUCAUUACAUUCGGGUAAACUGUAAAAGAAAAUUUUCAGGAAUGGCGUUGUAAACAAGCGCGGGUGCACUCCGAACUGUGUCUUCAGUGUUGAUGUACGUAAAUAUCUCUUUGUGUACAUAGUAAAAAUAACCUUGGUGUACUCAGGGGUAACUCCAACCCAUAGUGACGUGUCGUUCGGUUUAAUCUCAUUGUCAUGUGUAUGUUAGUGCAAUAUGGCAAGCGUGCAUAGGGGGAGAGGGAGAAGGAAAGAAUUUUGAAAGAGA